AUGUGCCCUAUAGCUACUGGUAUGAUCACGAAUUCUCCAGGCGCUUCAUCCUCUUCGCCUUGCACCAAGGAUAGUGACGUCAUCACCAGGGAUAGUGACGUCAUCACCAAAGAUGGUGACGUCAUCACCAAAGAUGGUGACGUCAUCACCAACUAUAGGAAGGAUCCAUACAGAUCAUACAGGAGAGGCACAAUAAGACAUGAUGUCGUUAAGGCCGAAUGUUCAAAUCAAGAUAAGCCCACAGGAGAUGAUGCUUGUACCUCCAACCCUUGUCUUCAUGGAGGCUCCUGUAUCUUAUCAAAGGAAUCCCCAGGAUACUCCUGUAUAUGCUUGGAGGGCUACGGAGGAGAUACCUGCCAGGAUACACAAGGUAACCACGAUUUUCGAAUAUGCCCGGCAAACUGGAAACAAUUUGGGCACAAGUGUUACAUGAAUAUCGACGCUAAACUCAACUGGACCAACCACGUCCAACAUUGCAUGACCAAUUUCAGUUUCAACGCCAGCCUGCUGGUUAUCGAGUCGAAGGAAGAAGAUAAUUUCGUUUCCAGUACGUUCGAUAACACCAACCAUAAUGACAUCUGGAUGGGGUGCGCUCGACCAAGGAACGCCGACACUUGGAUUUGUGUUGGAAAUUGUGCCAGUUAUGGUGCGGAAACAGUCGGCUACUGGAGAGAGGUGGUUUAUUAUGACACAUAUUUCACUGGACAUUAUGAGACAUACGAUAGGUUUUCAAGUUUGUUUGGAAUGACUGAAGAGAGGAUGAGAUUUGAACUGUGUGGGGGAACUACUGGUAUGAUCACGAAUUCUACAGAUGCUUCAUCCUCUCCGCCUUGCACCAAGGAUAGUGACGUCAUCACCAGGGAUGGUGACGUCAUCACCAACUACAGGAAGGAUCCAUACAGAUCAUACAGGAGAGGCACAACAAGACAUGACGUCGUUAAGGCCGAAUGUUCAAAUCAGGAUAAGCCUACAGGAGAUGGUGCUUGUUCCUCCAACCCUUGUCUUCAUGGAGGCUCCUGUAUCUUAUCAAAGGAAUCCCCAGGAUACUCCUGUAUAUGCUUGGAGGGCUACGGAGGACAUACCUGCCAGGAAACACAAGAUAAGCCAACAGGAGAUGAUGCUUGUUCCUCCAACCCUUGUCUUCAUGGAGGCUCCUGUAUCUUAUCAAAGGAAUACCCAGGAUACUCCUGCAUAUGCGUGGAGGGAUACGGAGGAGAUACCUGCCAGGAUACACAAGGUAACCACGAUUUUCGAAUAUGCCCGGCAAACUGGAAACAAUUUGGGCACAAGUGCUACAUGAAUAUCGACGUUAAACUCAACUGGAGCAAACACCUCAAAAAUUGCAUGACUAAUUUCGGUUUCAACGCAAGCCUGUUGGUUAUCGAGUCGAAGGAAGAAGAUAAUUUCGUUUCCAAUACGUUCGAUAACAUAAACCAUUACGACAUCUGGAUGGGGUGCGUUCAAACAAGGAAUAACGACACUUGGUUUUGUUUUGGAAACAAUGCCAGCUAUGGUGCGGAAAUAGUCGGCUACUGGAGUAGGUCUACAGUAUAA